GACGAACCAGAUAGGAUGUACAAGAGGCGUUGCCUGACAACCGGUCUGUUUUAAAAGUCAGGCUUUUCUUUGGACUAAACUGUGUAGAAAAACUGAUGUUGCGUGUUUUAUUUACCUUUUGCUUCAUGUGCGGCGAAUGACUGACACGUUUAGCAAUUAAAGAGAUACAAAGGGUUACAAUAAUAAUACAAAGAAGCUUCGACGAAAAGAGCGCGAGCGUGGGGUGAGUGACAGCCGUAAGAACAACGGCAUGCGUAACAGACACUGAGCUCAGAUGGACAGGAGACCGUGCUUUUGAGAAGUCAGGACACCUCAUGCGGCCACUGUGAUUCCCUCAAGUUUUUUUUUAUUUUUUAAAUUGACAGCAUUAAACAAUUUGCCACGAAGAACUGAGCAUAGCACAAGCACGAUGAACACCAGUGACGCCAAAGAAUACCUGUCCAAACGAGAGAUCCCGCAGCUCUUUGAGAGCAUGUUGACGGGGCUGAUGUACCACCGGCCUGAAGACCCGCUCAUGUUCCUGGAGAGCUGCCUGCAGAAGGCACGGGAGCUGGGCGGGCCCGAACGCGUGCCCUGGGACGCCUUCAUCACCCCGGACCGCCGGCCGCUGCCCCCCAUCGGCGUUGGGCAGGGGAAGAAAGCCACCUUCAGGCCGGAGCCAGGACCGGGGCCUGGCCCGGGGCCGUACCGACGGUACGAGCGGUUGCCUCCGAUCCAGGCGCAGUACUCCAUAGAGAGUGACUCUGACAUGACCGAGACCUCCGGCCUCAUCCAGGAGUACGACGUCUUUGACCCCUCCAAGCCACGCCCACACAUCAUCUUUGUUAUUGGGGGGCCAGGAAGUGGGAAGGGGACCCAGACUGCUAAAAUGGCUGGUCACUACGGUUACGAGUGUGUGUCAGUGGGCGAGAUUCUGCGGAACCAGUUGCUCCACCACGCCCCCAGCGACAGGAAGUGGGAGCUCAUUGCCCAGAUCAUAGCCAAUGGGGAGCUGGCACCACAGGAGACCACCAUUGAGGAGCUGAAGCACCAGUUUAUAAAGAAGCAGGAUGCCCAAGGGUUCAUUGUGGAUGGAUUCCCACGCGAGAUAUCCCAGGCAUUUACCUUUGAGGAGCAGAUUGGCUCUCCGGACCUGGUUGUGCUGCUGGCCUGCUCCAAUCAGCAGCUCCGACAGCGCCUGGAGAAGAGGGCAGCCCAGCAGGGUCGCCCUGACGACAACGCCCACGCCAUCGAGCGGCGACUGGAGACUUUCAAACAGAACAUCAGCUUGAUUGCCAAGUACUACCAGGAGAGGGCACUUAUCGUCCGGAUUGAUGCUGAUCGAGACGAGGACGACAUAUUCAGAGAUAUCAGUGCGGUGGUGAAUGACAGACUGUUUCCCAAAGUACUUCAGGCAGAGGGAUUCUCUGAGCCAGAGUUUCUCCCGGAAAAUCUUGAGGAAGCGGGGACAUUGUGUUCCAAGGGAGAGUUAGGGGGACAUCUUUUCACACAGCAGAUCACCAUGGCAGAGGAACUGAAGAACAGCAAAAUAAUCUUCGUUGUAGGGGGUCCUGGUGCUGGAAAGGGCACACAGUGUAGGAAAAUUGUGGCCAAAUAUGGCUACACUCACCUGUCCACAGGUGACCUUCUGCGCGCUGAGGUCAAGUCUGGGUCUGAGAAGGGCAAGGAGCUGUCAGCCAUCAUGGCAAAAGGAGAACUAGUCCCUCUGGAAACUGUUUUAGAGAUGCUCAGACUUGCCAUGAUCGAGAAGGCUGCUGUCUCCAAGGGCUUUCUGAUAGACGGAUACCCCCGAAAUAUCACACAAGGAACGGAGUUUGUAAACGAGGUUGCGAAACCUAACAUUCUACUGUACAUCGACGUUAAGUCAGAUACCAUGAUUAAGAGGUUGUUGAACCGCGGGAAGACGAGCGGCCGCGUGGAUGACAACUUGGAAACCAUCAAGAACCGGGUGGAUCUGUUUUACAAAGCCACAGAGCCCAUCCUGGAUUACUACGAAGACAAGGGCAUCGUCCGCAAGGUCUGUGGUGAAGGCACGGUGGAGGAGGUGUUUGAUCUUGUGGCCAAAGUCAUUGACUCUCUCAAGUAAACACACCUGGAAAAAGACUCAUUCUUUGUCAACCUUUAACACCUGUUGGAAAGCAAAUAAAAAUUUUCUGCAUCAUCAAAAA